AAGUUUCGUAUGUAUAUAACCGACCGGUCAUUUCUUGUUGCAAAAUGAAUUAAUUCUAUCGUUUGUAUUAGAAAAAAAAUCAAUUCCCAUAUUGGGUAGAAUGGAAAUGGUGCAGGAGGACGUGUGCAUACGAUCAGAAGCCUCCGAGGGCUCGUCAGCAUGCAGUGAAGGUCAGAUGGCUCAGCGGUUCGGUUUAACAGCUCGACGAGCUUCGGCCCAACGUUAUCAGUCAAAACACACCCGGCAUUUGCCAUCCAGGGCCAUUGCUGUUCUGGGAAAAGCCAACAAUUCUACGUUGAAGCUGGUCGCUCCCCAGGUUGAGUCACCUUCGCCGAUUGGCAGCAGAUCGCAGAUCGAAGAAAAUGCUGAGACCAUUGCAUGCCAUCUCGAGCUGCAGGAGGACCUCAUGCAGAAUGAUCCCGUGUCUGAGAUGAGAAGGUUGGAGGCUCUGAGGGACAUGCCGCAAUGUCUCACUGUCAAAAGGUCCAUCAGAGCUAAAUUGACUCGUUCAAUAAAUUUGAAAGGGGACAGGAGGGUCCUUAGUAGGUGGAAGAGGAUAAAAUAUACAAUGAGUAUUUUUUUCAUGAAGUCUUUUGUUGCGAUGAGGGAAUUCUCAUCAACUAUUGAGUUGUGGUACGGCCCAAUCAAGUCAAUCGAAGGCCAUUUUGGCAGUGGAGUUGCGACAUAUUUCAAAUUUCUUCGUUGGUUACUCAUCUUGAAUGUAAUCAAUUGUAUUCUUAGCAUGUUUUUUAUCGUUCUUCCACAAUCUAUGUUUGCCACGUAUGGAAACUCGACGUUCAAUUUCGGAGAUUUUUUCAUCGGAAAUGGUUUUAUGGAGAAAACUAUUUUUUACUAUGGUUUUUAUACAAAUCGUACAAUUGAAGCAAUACCUGGAGUUCACUAUAGCAUACCAUCGGCUUAUAUUUUAACAAUGAUUUUCUGUUACGUUUUCACGAUUAUUCUUCUUUCUAUGAAAGUUGCUAGUUCUUAUCGAAAAUGCUAUAUCGAAACUUCCGGUGGAAUUCACAAUUUAUACGCGACGAAAAUAUUCUGUGGAUGGGACUACAGCAUCGCUUCGCUAAAAGCAGCAAAUCGUUGUCACCAAUCAAUCUACAGAGAAUUGAAGGAGCUUUUGGCCGAGUCGAUCACCAAGAAAAAUUCAAACUUCUUGAAACGACUGACUGCAUUGUCCAUUCAGUUCUCAAUGACAGCAGUGGUACUGGGUGCCAUGGGCGGCACUAGUUGUCUUCUUGGCUAUCUCUUGCUGAACCAUAAACCUCAGAGUAUGAAUUCUGCAUCACUGCUCAUGGUACCAUUAGUGGUUACUGGGAUUAUGAAUAUUUUUCCUGCAGUUACUUCACAAUUGGUGAAAUUAGAACGUUACAGUUCGAAACGUAAAUCUCUCUUCGUCAACAUGAUAAGAACCUACAUAAUGACAGUAGUGAUUAUAGGAACAUUGCUCGCAUAUUGGCUGACCCGAAGCAUGUACUACUGCUGGCAAACUGAACUUGCUCAAGAGAUUUAUCGCCUAAUAAUCUUCGACUUUCUAGUCUUCACUCUCGGGAGUUUCAUCAUGGAGUUCCUUAGAUGUCAGUUAUCUACACGCUGGAGUGCAAUUUCAGCCCCGAAAUUCGACAUUGCUUUGAACACCCUGAACCUCAUCUACAACCAGAUUUUAUUCUGGGUUGCAUUCUACUUCAGUCCACCUCUGUCGUUACUCAUGGUUGUGAAGAUGAUUUUAACAUUUUAUAUAAAGAAAUUUGGGCUUAUGAGACAUUGUGAACCCCCCUCGACUCCUUGGAGAGCUGCUCAGACUCACACGUUAUUCUUGGCACUGGCAUUUUUGGGGAUGACCGGGGCCCUCACUGUCCUGGGAUACGUCAUCACCAGUGUGGAGAGCAACAGUUGUGGACCUUUUAGAAAUUAUGCUUACACGUGGUAUGUCAUCAUCGAGGAAGUGCUGAAUUUAGGAAGAGACAGCAGAUUGUGGACUUUUGUAUCGAAUUUUGCGAGACCUGGAGUAGGAGCUGCCAUUUUAAUUGUUAUGGUUAUGACAGUUUAUUGUUUACGCGCUAAAGCUCUAGCUGGUAGAGAGAUGGUGCAAAUACUCAGGGAAAUGUUGGUGUUACAAUCAAGAGAUAAAGAGUUUUUACUGAAUGAAUUUUCUAAAGUAGCUGAUGAAGAGUGGUUAAAAAGGAGGACAGCCAACGAGAAUCGUCGCAGUGUUAUGUCGGGCCGACAAUCUGCUACUGUGAAUCAAAAGUUCUCAAAUGAGAUACGUGAAUCCACAAAUGUCGACGUAUCCUCGCCGAAUUGUUCGAGAAAUUACGUGACAUUUGAUAACGAGUUUUUAAAUUAAGCAUGAUAAUUAUUAUAAAUUGUUUAUCAGCUACAGAUCAAUUAGUCACUUUGUGCAAUAUUUGUAUCACAAGUCUUCCAAUUACAUAUGCCAAAGUAUUUGUAUUAUCGAAAAGA